GUGAAGGAGAAUACAUAACCUGCUGUUCUAUAAGUAUCAUUUUUGUUGGCUAGGUAUAUACAUCUCUGGAGCUUAACCAUAGACCCCUCAAAACCUCUUCAAACAAUGGCCAAACUUACAGUGGUAGAUUUCUCCGAUAAAGACUGCUUCAAGCCAGGGACCAGUUCUUGGCUCUCAUUACGCAAAGACAUUUGUCAUGCACUUGAAGAGCUUGGUUGUUUCGUGGCAAAACUACCCGACCUAAUUCCUUCUGAGAUUCACAGUCCCUUCUUUGGUACGUUGGAUGAGUUGUUUGAUUUCCCAACCGAAACCAAGCUGCAAAUUACUUAUGAAAGGCCUUUCCCCAUGGGCUACAUAUCUUUGAACGCGGCUAAUGAAAGCUUGGCGAUUGGUUAUCCUACAAACCCUGAAGAAACUAAAAAGUUUACGCAUCACUUUUGGCCCAAUGGAAACGAUCAAUUCUGUCAGGGUGCUGAUUUGUAUGCAAAAAUGAUGGAAAAGGUAGAUCAUGCUGUGACAAGAAUGGUGUUUGAAAACUAUGGCGUAGAGAAGUACCAUGAUGAUCACAUUCGAUCAGUUAUUUACUCCUGCAAAUUUAAUAAAUACAAUGAACCUGAGAAAAGUGGAAUUGAUGUGGGAAUGCCCGGCCAUACAGACAAGGGCUUUAGCACCGUACUCUGUCAAAAUCAUGUCAAAGGUCUGGAAAUAAAGUCAAAGAACGAUGAGUGGAUUUCUUUUGAUCCUGCGCCUUCAUCCUUAAUCUUUAUAGCUGGUGAUGGAUUUAAGGUUUGGAGCAACGACAGAAUUCAAGCUUGUAAACAUCGAGUCACCUUAAGGGAGAAUGGUGUAAGACACUCGUUAGCUCUAUUUUCAUACAAAGAAGGGGAAACAUGCGUACCCAAUGAGCUUGUAGACAAGGACCACCCCCUAAAGUAUAAGCCAUUGCAUCUGUUAGAAUAUGUUCAAUAUUUCAUGGAGAAUUACCCCACACUUGGACCUAACUUUUCCAUCAAGACAUAUUGUGGCGUUUGAUCUGUCGGGUCCGAGACUCCAAGUCAAUCCCUCUUGUUGUAAAUAGUGGGUAAGUUUGCCCACAUGUGUAUAGUAAAUACUCAUAUGCUAAAUAAUAAUCCUUUUGUAAGUUUCCAUUGAAGUGGCUCUAUAAAUAGAGCACUUCGAUUUCAAAGUUGGUGAAUAUCAAGAAGAGAAAAGAAAAAAAAUAUAAUACUCUCAGUAUCCCUAAU